CCAUGUGGGAAUAAGGAACACAUUCUUAUUGAAAGCGUACUGUGAAGUGGAGAAGAGGCUAUGUCCACUUGUGAUGGUUAUCAAAAAAUGGGCCAAAACGCAUGGGAUUAACGAAGCAAAGGAUGGUACUCUGUCUAGCUACGCAUUAACUCUCAUGACAAUUCAUUUCCUUCAAUGUGGAUGUAAACCCCCCGUUCUUCCUUCACUUCAACAGAUGUUUCCAGAUUUUUUUAGUGACGAUGGGAAUGUUCAAGACUUGAUGAAGUUAGACGUACAAAAGUUUUUUCAAGAAAGGAACAUAUCAAGGUCACAGAACGUUGAAUCCCUUGGCGAGCUUCUACUAGGUUUCUUUCAGUAUUUCUCGAAUACUUUCAGUUGGAGUUCCAGUGUUAUCAGUGUUCGCCUUGGUCGAGUGUACAGUACGGAGUUUGGAGUGCUCCCAAAAAACAAAUAUAUAUACAUUGAAGAGCCAUUUGAUUCGAAUAACGUCGCUAAGACAGUGUAUAAUAGUGAAAAUUUCAACAAAAUAAAGAUGAAGAUUUCCUUGGCUGCAAACAAGCUUCGUGUUUCACCUUCCUUAAAAAGUAUUAUCUGAGACACAUAUAGAACAAUAAAUUGAAUCAAUCAGCCCUUUGCCAAUUAGCUGAGCUUAUUGACGCUCUGGUGGAAGUAAGGCCAAAUUAGCUCUUAUCGUUAUCUAGCUAUAGGGUGAAUGACAAGUAACGACACAUCCUAACUGGUAAAUCAAACAAAGUGAAAUGUUAUACUAAAAUGUUAUAAUGAAGACACCUUAUUAGGCCAUUUGCAUUAUGACGUAACUUUACUGCAACUACCAGAGAGCCUUGCGCAUUUUCAUUGUUAUUCAGAU